AUGGUUUAUCAAUCUUUUUUUAUUGGUGGUGGCCCAGGUAGUAGUUGGACUUUUUAUCCUCCUUUGAGUGCUGAAGGUCAGCCAAAAACUUACGGUUUUAUUUUUCUUUUUAAUGUUGGUGGUUUAAGUGGUAUUAUUUUAAGAGCUGCUAGUCUAGAUGUGGUAUUGCAUGAUACUUAUUAUGUUGUAGCUCAUUUUCAUUAUACUUUAAGUUUAGGGACUGUUUAUGGUAUUUUUUGUGGAUUUUGUUUAUAUCGUCGUGUAGGUUAUGGUUAUUAUAGUAAUUAA